UCAGCGCCAACAUUAAAAACAUAGCAGCCAGUCAGCAACAACAAGCAGCUGAUGAAUCCUGAAGGUUAGUAGAGAUGAGAGGACAGGGCCGAGGUAACUGGAGAGGCGGCGGUUCUGCCGGUGGCUCUGGAUCAGGGUCUUGGAGAGGCGGGUGGAACCCUAAUCAGAACCGUGGCUGGAGGGGCCGACAGUGGGGCAGGGGAAACGGCAACUGGAAUCCUACACCAGGCCGCUCACAAGCAGCUCCCAGGGUUGUGCCUCAGCCUCAGUUGACACAGGCGUCCCUUGACAUAACAUGUCCAUACAAAGGAUGGAAACUUUACUUCUCUGAAGGAUUUGUUGAGAGUGGGCCCUCUGUUGAAAAGAUCAAGGCGUUUGAACAGUACUUCCUAUCACAAAUAGAGCUUUAUGACAAGGAUGAAAUAGAGAGCAAAGGCAGCAUUUUGGUUGACUUCAAAGACUGCCUGCAGAAUAAACAGCUCUCUGCAGCACUGCCUGAUUUAGCCAAAGAACUCAGAGACAUGCCGGAGAGAAUCCUAGACUGCCUGGGCCUCGCUAUACACCAAGUCUUGACAAAAGACUUGGAGUGCCAUGCUGCCGAACUGAAGAGCCAAGAGGGACUGCCUAGUUAUGCAACGCCCAUUAUUAACAUACCCCAAAUCAGUGCAAGAAUAUAUAACUAUGAGCCACUGACUCACCUGAGGACGCUGAGGGCCAACCUCUAUGGCAAGUACGUAGCCAUCCGGGGCACAGUGGUGCGGGUCAGCAACAUCCGGCCACUCUGCACCAAGCUGGCCUUCACCUGUAACAGCUGUGCAGACACCCAGAGCCUGCACCUGCCCGAUGGGAAGUUCACUACACCAACAAAGUGUUUGCAGUAUGAGUGUCGUGGCCGAUCAUUCACUCCAAACAGAAGUUCACCUCUGACCCUCACAGUAGACUGGCAAACCAUAAAAGUGCAGGAGUUGAUCUCGGAUGACCAGAGGGAGUCGGGACGCAUACCCCGCACCAUUGAGUGUGAGCUGAGUCAGGACCUGGUAGACAGCUGCGUACCCGGGGACAUGGUCACCAUCACUGGGGUGGUCAAAGUAUCCAGUGAGGAAGGUGCCGGGAGGAACAAAAAGGACAAGUGCAUGUUCCUGCUGUACAUCGAGGCCAACUCGGUGAGCAACUCCAAGGGCCCCAAGUCCAAGGCCGCCUCGGAGCCCGAGAGCCAGGGCGCGUCGGUGGAGUUCUCGCUCAAGGACCUGUACGCCAUCCAGGAGAUCCAAGGACAAGAGGAUCUACUCAAGCUCAUUGUCAACUCCCUCUGCCCAGCGAUAUAUGGACAUUUGCUGGUUAAAGCAGGGUUGGCUCUGGCCUUGUUUGGUGGCUGUCAGAAGUUUGUCGAUGACAAGAACCGAAUCCCCAUCAGAGGAGAUCCUCACAUGCUCAUCGUUGGAGAUCCAGGCCUCGGCAAGAGCCAGAUGCUACAGGCUGUGUGUAAUGUGGCACCGCGGGGCAUCUAUGUGUGUGGCAACACCACCACCACGUCUGGGCUGACCGUCUCCUUGUCCAGGGACAGUGGCACUGGGGACUACGCGCUUGAGGCUGGAGCACUGGUGCUGGGGGAUCAAGGUAUCUGUUGCAUAGAUGAGUUUGACAAGAUGGGCACCCAGCACCAGGCCCUGUUGGAGGCCAUGGAGCAGCAGAGUAUCAGCUUGGCCAAGGCCGGCAUCGUCUGCACCCUCCCCGCACGCACCUCCAUCAUAGCUGCAGCCAACCCGGUCGGAGGACACUACAAUAAGGGCAAAACCGUCUCGGAGAACCUCAAGAUGGGCAGUGCGCUGCUGUCUCGCUUCGACCUGGUCUUCAUCCUGCUGGACACGCCCAACGAGGACCACGACCACAUGUUGUCGGAGCACGUGAUGGCCAUGCGCUCGGGCAAGGGCAAGGGAAGCCUGAGCGGCGCCUCCGUCAGCCGCUCCGUCUGCAGCACCCAGGACUCCAGCCUCUCCCUCCUGGAGAUCCCCUCCGACCGGCCCCUCGCCGACCGCCUCAAGGUGAGUUCUGGGGAGGGCUUUGACCCCAUCCCUCACCAGCUGCUGAGGAAGUAUGUGAGCUACGCGCGUCACUACGUGCAGCCCACGCUGUCAGCCGAGGCGGCCCAGGUGCUGCAGGACUUCUACCUGGAGCUACGCAGACAGAACCAGGGCACCGACAGCACGCCUAUCACUACACGCCAACUGGAGUCGCUGAUACGCCUUACUGAGGCGAGGGCACGACUAGAGCUCAGGGAGAGGGCCACUCAAGAGGACGCCGAGGAUGUGGUGGAGAUUAUGAAGCACAGCCUAACUGACACAUACUCAGACGAGUUUGGGCGUCUGGACUUUGAGCGUUCUCAGCUGGGCUCUGGGAUGAGCAACAGGUCGCAGGUGAAGAGGUUCGUGGCCGCGCUCAACCAGGUGGCCGAGCGCAUGCACAAAACCUCCUUCGAGUUCCAGCAGCUUCGCCAGCUGGCCAAGGACCUCAACAUUCAGGUUGUGGACUUUGAAGGUUUUGUGAGUACCCUGAAUGAGCAGGGGUACCUCUUGAAGAAAGGAAAUAGAGUUUACCAGCUACAGACCAUAUGAUUUGUCUGAUCUUCAUCAGCCCUUUGUCUGUACAAAUUGUAUAUUCCUCUUAAAGUUAUUCUAUGCAACAUGCCCAAUUUUGUUAUUUGCAUUUCUAUAUAUGCAUUUUUUAAAUACAUGUUAUUAUUUAUUUUAUGCAUUCAUAAAUGUCGCUCUCAAUUAUA